AUGAAAACUAAAAUAUUCAUCUUAAUAUUUUCAAUGCUUAAUAAAGCUAUUUUAAGUUAUCAACCUAAUUAGGAUUUUUAAAUUUAUUAAUCAACUUAAGAUACUUUUUUGCCUUGCUAAUAAUUACCUAAUAACCAAUCUAAGAUACUUAGUUUUUAGUAGUUAUUCCCUAACAUUAAUAUAGCUUCAAGAAUCGUACUUAGCGUUAAAUAUAUACCUUAUGGAAACAUUUUAAAAGAAUACACAAUAAUCUCAAUUCACUAAUUAAAUAAUCUGAUUGUAUCGAUAAGUUAUAAUUUACUAUAGAAUAAGAUUUUUCUAUCCUUCAAUGGUUAGACUUAAGAAUAUUUAAAUCCAAUAAUAUCCUAUUCUAAAUAAGUAUAGAUAAAUUUGGAUAUUUAAACAGAACCUGGUUGGAUUAAAGCUUAAAUUGCUAUUUAAUCUACAGGUGGAAAUUCAUAAACUUAUCCUUAAAUUAUUCAAAGCUAUAAUUAAUAGCUUUCUUUAAGUUAAUUAGAACUUAAUUAUGGUAAUCCUUCACAAAGAUUUAAUUUAAAUCCUUCCUGUUCAAUAUUUUAAAAUUUGAGCAUAGGAAUUUCAAAUUCUCCUACAUCUUUAACUUUUGAUGAAGUAGUGGAUUAUUUAAAUUCAAACACUAAUUAGAUUAGUUAAAGUUAUGAUUUUUUCUAUACUCAAAAUAAUCCUGGAGAACUUAUUAGUGAAAUAGGAACAUUUUAGUAAGUAUUAUCAAAACCGUUUUUAAAUAGUGUGAUUAGUACAGGGAAUUCUUUAGAAACUAUUUAUUUUGACUUACCUGAUAAUUAAUUUACAAUAUCUUUUUUCUUGAAGUUUUUGUAACCUCUACCAUCUACAUAAAGCUACAUCUGUAUAAAUUUUGAUUUUACUUCAUUUUGGAUUUAUUUCAGAUCAAAUUAGAUAUUUAUUGGAAGUAAAUUAUUAGCUUACAAUCCAUUAGUUUGGAAUAAUAUUAUAAUAGCUAAAAGCAAAAGUAUUUUGGGUGGAACACUAAGAUUAUUUAUAAAUGAUUCUUAAUAUGAUGAAAUACCUUAUAACUCUAAUCAUUAUAGAUUUCAAAUUAUGUUCUUUUCAAAUGAUGUGUAGUAUGAAUUAAAUCAUAUCAGAAUAUAUUCAGGGAGUAUUUUAUAUCAAACAAAUAAUUGUUUUCUAUAAAGUUCUGAUGGGCUAUGUCUUAUUUGCAUGAGCAAUUAUUUGCUUGAUUUCUAAAAUAAUAUGUAGUGCAUCCCUAAAAAUAUGGUGAACACAGACAAUUAUAUUAGAGGAGUUAAAGAUUGGAAUCCUCCAAGAAAAUUAUGUCCUAAAAAUAUGAUAAACGAUUAUACUUCUUCAAGUGGCUGUAAAUGUUUAAUUGGAUAUUAUCUAGAAGGAGGAAAUUGCAUACAAUGUCCUUCUUAUUGUAGAAAUUGUAAUAGUCUUAGUGAUUGCAGUUCUGAAAGAGAUUCAUUAGAGAGGAGUAACAUAAGAAUACCAAAUUACUCUGACUAUGGAUCACUGUGCAGUAACAUGGAUCCAGAUAUCAACAAAUAUAUUUUACCCAGUAGCUAAUUAAACUUAAAAGCAACUGAUAGCAUUUUCUUUUCUUUCUCUAUUUAAGUUUAGUCUUUUUUAUUAUUACCCCUUUAAGAAAUAAGAAUUGCUUACAUUUAAGAAAGUUUAAAAUUGCUUUUUUAUGAUGAGAACAAAGCAGUUCAAUUAUUAUGA